AUGAUGCUGCAGGCUCUGCUGAUCAGCUCCCUCCUUGCCCUGCCCGGGGUGUCCCCAGGCCAGGCCCAGGUCCCCAUCCAGGCCAACUUCGAUGCCAGCCAGUUCCAGGGCACCUGGUAUGUGGUGGGCAUAGUGUCCGACGACCAGGGCUUCCUGGACUCCAAGGACAACAUGAAGAUGCCUGUGGUCUUAGUGACCCCUGUGGCCGAUGGUGACCUGGCCCUCAAAUUUGGGUACCCCACGCCCGAUGGCGGGUGCCAGAAGAUGGACAUGACCUUCACCAAGGGUGCCGUGGAGGGGCAGUUCAGCAACCCAGCCAUGGGCCAGACCGACAUCCGCGUGGCGUUCACCGACUACCAGCACUUUGCCCUGAUGUACCUGGAGACUCAGAAGGGCGGCGUGCGGAACGUCUGGCUGCAGCUCUAUGCCCGAGCCCCAGAGCUGUUUCCUGAAGGUGCCCAGAAGAUGCAGUUGCUGUCACCCCAAGUGGGCCUGAACCCCAGCCAGGGCGCCCUGCUGCCCAAGUCGGCUCAAACGGCAGCAGGUGACCAACCCAAGUGCCCCGCCCUGCAGCACCUGCUGCGGUUCCUGCCUGGCAUUCAGCCUCCCUGA